GACUGAGCCACCCAGGCGCCCCUUGGAUUAAUAUUAAAAUUGGAAGUUUGGAUCAAUUGCUGAAUAUUGGAAAUUGGAUGUAAUGGCAGCAGAAUUUAUAAAGAGUUGCUGUAGAGGAUGUUUCUAUGGUGGAACAGAAGAGCACAAUUUUUCCAGGGAGAGAGACAUUAAAGCAGUCUCCGAGAGUCAGAAUACACCUGUCUGUGUCCCUCCUUUGACUGCUGUUUCGGUAAAGCCUCAGGUUGGCUGUACUGAGGAUUACUUACUUUCCAAAUUACCAUCUGAUGGCAAAGAAGUACCAUUUGUAGUGCCCAAGUUUAAGCUAUCAUAUGUUCAGCCCAGGGUACAAGGAACUCCUUCACAUCUGGAGGGACUUGAAGAGGUAAACAAAAUUUGUGAUUUAAGGACCAGCAAACUUCCCAGUUCCCCUGGACUAAGCAAGUCUAUGUUUGAUCUUACAAGUUCAUCUCAGUGGUUCAUGCAGAGACAUGAUUCAUGGUCCAGCAUGCCUAGCACUUCUUCUUCAAGGAAAAAUUCCCAGGGCAGUAACAGAAGCCUGGAUACAAUUACUCUCUCAGGAGAUGAAAGAGAUUUUGGGAGAUUGAAUGUGAAAGUGGUUUAUAAUUCUUCAGUAGAGCAGAUCUGGAUCACUGUUUUGCAGUGCAGAGAUUUAAGUUGGCCUUCUAGUUGUGGAGACACUCCUACUAUUUCAAUAAAAGGAACACUAACAUUGCCCAAACCCGUGCAUUUCAAAUCUUCAGCAAAGGAGGGCUCUAAUACUAUUGAAUUUAUGGAAACUUUUGUAUUUGCUAUUAAACUCCAAAGCCUACAAACUGUAAGGCUUGUAUUUAAGAUUCAAACCCAGACUCCCAGGAAGAAAACCAUCGGAGAAUGCUCACUAUCACUCAGAACUCUCAGCACACAGGAAAUGGAUUACUCUUUGGAUAUAAUGCCACCUUCAAAAAUUUCUGUUUGCCAUGCAGAACUUCAACUGGGGACUUGUUUUCAAGCCGUAAAUAGCAGAAUUCAGUUACAAAUUCUCGAGGCACAGUACCUCCCAAGCUCUUCAACACCUCUCACUUUGAGUUUUUUUGUGAAGGUGGGAAUGUUUAGUUCAGGAGAGUUGAUUUAUAAGAAGAAGACACGCUUACUGAAGGCCUCCAGUGGAAGAGUAAAGUGGGGAGAAACUAUGAUUUUUCCACUUAUACAAAAUGAAAAAGAAAUCCUUUUUCUCAUCAAGCUUUAUAGUCGGAGCUCUGUAAGAAGAAGACACUUUGUGGGGCAGAUUUGGAUAAGCGAAGAUAGUAAUCACACCGAAGCAGCGAGUCAGUGGAAAGAGACAGUUACAAAUCCAGAAAAGGUUGUUAUCAAGUGGCACAAAUUAAACCCAUCUUGAAGACAUCACACGUUAAUUUGGUGAAGAACUUGACAUUCUUUUAGAAGACUUACGAUUUCAAUUUGCUACCAAGGAGGAGAGACAAAUCAAUACAUUUGUCAAUGUAUUUAUGGAGGUCAUAAUUACAAUUGAUAAUGGAUCUUAUGGAAAAUUAAAUUUGAUUAAAAAAUGGGAUGAAUUAUAUAGAAUAUCCAAAGUAAAGGGAAUGUUUUAAAACUUGCCAAAAUAGACAGUAAAAUAAAGAGUAGUAUGCUGGGGCAACUAAAUAAGUUACACAAUCAAUGAGAAUUUCAACCAUAGGUCGUUAUUGCUAUAUUAUGUUUAUGGGUUUUUUUUAAAGCUUUACCUAGGUAUUAAAAAUCUAGUAUAUCAAAUCUCUGUUAGUACUGUUAGAAUGUAGAAGACUUUACUACUGAUUAUUUCAGUGCUAGUCAUUAUUGAUUAGAUCUUGACUCCAGUGUUUACCUCUUGCUAUAUAUUUUCUCGCAGAAAGGAAAAAUGAAUUAAACCGCUUCAACUCUUCUGUAUUUGGGGAAAA